UCGCAGCGAUGGAGAUGACGCAAACAGCCUGUGCUCUCCGAAAAAGUCUUUCCAGGCGAACAUGGCGGCAACUUAGGCGCGCUCCAAGAUGACAACGGCCAGCCGGAGACGGAAUUCAAGGCUUCACGCUCGGCUUCGAGGCAGCGACGAGACCGGCCAGUGCGGGCCAGCAGCCGCUUCCCUGUGAGCCCAAUCUGCGGCAGACGCCCCAGCAGGAUCAUCAUCAUCAUCAUCAUCAACAGCAGCAGCAGCAGCACCGAGCAGGCUUGCAACAGCCUGCGACGAAGGAAGGAGGAAGGAAGGGGAGGACACCCGGGAAGGCGAGAGAAAGAGAGAGAGAGAGAGAGAAGGGGGGGCAUGCGGUCAAAGAGGACGCCGUCCCCCCGCGGGGAGCCAUGGAGGAUGCGGCAAGCUUAAUCCGUGCGGGUGGUCUUAUUGGACCGGAAUAGCACCGAUAGCUGCGGGCGCGAUCGAGCUGCGCCCUGCGCCGGCGGAGGCAACGGCACCCGAGGAGAACACAGCCUGCCUCCCAACCCCCCGUAAGUCAAUGAGUAUUGAGACAGAGCAGCCCCCGCGGUGGAGUCGGCCAGGGCAGCACUCUCCUAAAAUAUGACCAGGGGUGCUUGGAUGCGUCGACAGCAUGACGAAGGCGUAAAAUACUGGUUCGCACCCCGAGGGACCGAGAAGCCAUCCACCGAGUCGGAACGGGCCCAGAGAUGGCGACUGUCGCUGGCCUCGCUUCUCUUCAUCACCAUCCUGCUCUCGGAUCACCUGUGGUUCUGCGCCGAGGCCACGCUGACCCGCACCAGGGACAAGCGCUCGGGGUCGGGGGGGCUCGGGAUUAGAGAGACGGGCGAGCAGCCUCACUCCCUGCACUGGGUCCCACCACUACCACCACCAUCAUCAUCAUCACAACCACCAUCAUCAUCAUCACCCCCACCACCGCCUGACCCCUACCGGCUCACCAGAGAGCAAGAUGCUAUUUUUCUAGGGAAUUCUACCGAACCUCUGUGGCGGAUGGACACCUGCCACCCGGACAGCGUGUCCAAAGACUGCUUCACUUUCACGGACGCGGACACCGUGUGCCUGGGCCUCUCCACAGCCGGAGGGGGAGAGGGGACGCAGUCGGCGUACGUGAACCUGAGCGAUUUGUACCUUUCUUUUUGUAAUUCCUACUCACUUUUGGAUUUGUUUUACGGGUUUACGAGUCCACACGACAUGAAUUGCACCCUGGAUAUGGCCAUGGGGGCGGACGCGCCGGGAUGCGGCGAGUGUGUCCGGGCUUACCAGCUCCUCGACCGGCAGGCGGAGGACAACUACCGGGAGUUCGAGCUGUUGGUCCGCAAAUACGAGACGGACGCGUACUCGGUUCGGACGUGCAUGGAGGAAUGCAAGUUGGCAUACAAGCCGUGGCUGUGUUCUCAGUACUUCCAGACCACCCAGAUGCACUGCACUAAGAGAAUCCCCUGUGGUCGAUACUGCUUGGAGGUGCAGCAGCGGUGUCCUUUUGUCCUGCCUGACAAUGAUGAUCUCAUUCAUGGAGGCAGCCCCAGUUUUAUAUGUACAGGGUUGCUGGAGGACCAUCCGUCAGGCGCGGACCCAGAUGCAGAGUGCUGCGACGUGCGGUGGGACUUGAAAGUGGACAACCGCUCUCGGGGGACGCUGAAAAGAACUCACCCGCCAUGUCAGCACCGAACCUCCCUCAGCUCCUCGGCAGCGUGCAGACUGUGUAACAGCCGCCUCAAACUCUGCCUGCUGGUGCUGGUCCUCCUGCACACUGUGGCCAGUCUCACCGCCGCCCACAAUGCAACGGGCCUGGGCCUCCCCGCCAUCACGCCUCUGGAGGAGAGCCCUGCCGGUGAGGAGUGAUGCCAGGAGGAGGUGAGGUUGCGGAUGGAGAAGGGGAUGAAAGAGCGAGGGAGCGAUGGAGCGAGAGGGGGGCGGGUGGGAUUCCCUCACCAUGGCAACCACUAUGGAAAAAUACAGCCACAGUUUUUUUGUUUUUUUGCAGACGUCUGGAGCUGUGCGCCUGUGCGGACAUUGGGCAACACUUCCAAAUGGAAAACACUGGGACGCUUUGACACAAGAGACACACAAACCCAAUCAAAAGGGGACACAAGGGGCUUGUUUAGUUUGUUAGGUAGGGACGGGGGGGACAAUGCCACAGCCUUUGAGUGGGAAGAGUUUCUCUCACUUGAGCUUUUUUUUUUUUUUACACUGUUUCCAAUUCAUGGUUUCUGUUGCACUGCCUGAAUAUGAAACAUCAUAUUCUCUUUCUGACAUUUCAUCCUUUUGCGUGCAGGGAGGCGUUGAAAUGAGAGAUGUAAGGUGUGUAAAAAGAGAAGAAUUUAGCUGCGAGAGUGAUGUGUGCUAGGAUGUUUUUUGUUUAUUCUUUUUUACAUGAUUUCCAAACCCUCACUGUAUUAUUUUGGUGUGUUAAACGUCACAGGGUAUUAAAUGCGGUUAUGACCUGCGCCUACAGUAUGGAAACAAGCUCUGGCCCGGUCUAAACUCCAUCUUUGGUGAUUCGAUCACAGUGGACGACCACAUCAAGGCCACGUUCACACUUGUGGUAUGGUAAUCUGGUUCGGACCAAAACAUUUAAAAAGAUACUUUGGUGCGCACGUUGGUGCGGUUCGCUUUAUUUUUGUCACGAGACCAAAGGCUGCGCAGUACAGAACAUAAGCGUAAAGUAAGGACUUGACUGGGCAGCUUUUGUGACACAGCUCAAUAAUUCCAAACCGAAAUGACAUCUGCUGAGCUGAAAACCUAGUUAUUUUAAUAUUCUGCUGUGUUUAACAGCUUAUAUUUCACAAAAGCUUCUAAAAUAUACUUCUAAAGAGCUGCUGUGACAUAUUACAUGACCAAAUUCAAAUAUUCCAAACCAAAAGGACGUCUGCUGGCCUGAAUACGUAAGUUAUUUUAAUAUUCUGCUGUAUUUAACAGCUUGUAUUUCACAAAAGCUUCUAAAAUAUACUUUUAAGGAGCUUUUGUGACAUUUCACGUGACGCAACUCAAAUAUUCCAAACCAAAAGGACGUCUGCUGGCCUGAAUACGUAAGUUAUUUUAAUAUUCUGCUGUAUUUAACAGCUUGUAUUUCACAAAAGCUUCUAAAAUAUACUUUUAAGGAGCUUUUGUGACAUUUCACGUGACGCAACUCCAAUAUUUCAAACCAAAAUGACGUCUGCUGGGUUGAAUGCGUAGCUUACUUUAAUUCUAUGUUCACCAGUUUUCACAAAAAGCUUAUGAAAUAUACUUUUAAAGAGUGUCUCACACACACACAGGGAGAACGCAUAGCAGAGUGACAGCACAUUUUCUCUUACAUAUUCAUCAUUUUUGCAUCCUUUUUGCUGUCAUUUUAUCACAGGUCCUUGGUCCAUCACAAGUUCUCUUGCAAAUGGGCCAAGACCCAUCUCUCAAGCAGUCUUGGUCCCUUUGUUUUUACUGCAGGCCAGGCUUCAGAUGAUUCACACUUGACCAAGCGAACCACACAAACGCACCAGAGCUCUUUUUAAAAGUGUGAACUGACCCUAAACAUAAUACACACGUACAAUAUCGCAGCCAUGCUAAUCACCUGAUCGCUCUCUCCUGUUGUCGAUUUGCACAGAUGGAAGGGAAAGUGAGGACGUAGCCGUGUGAUCACAUCACCAAAGAAGUGUGGGCCUUACAGGUUUAUGGGUCGCCCUCCCUCACUUUGUUUUGUGAGAUAUUAUUGAUAUUUAACUAACACUGCUUUUGCACGCAUCGGUGCGUUUAUAUCAUGAGAAAGGCUUACCUCUUGAAGGAUAAAUCCGCUUUAUUACAACUCUUUGUAGUCAUGAUGCAGUGUACAGUGGAACCUCUGGAAUGGAAGCCCCCCCGACCUUCUCAAAUAUGACCAAAUUUGGGGGGGGAAAUAUGUUCAAACUGAAUCAGUUGCCAUCACAAAUGAAUUCUCUGCCUUUUGCUUGGGGAUAAUAAAACUCAACAAUAACAAAUACUGGAUAUAAAAACUUUUUUUUAAACUUGAAUAAUGAUUUGGAGUGCAGGAUAAUGUGGGGAAAAAAAUAAAAAAAUCAGGAGUAAUUUUACAAAAAAAAAGUCAAAAUAUGAAAAAAAAGUUGUUAUUUUAUGAGAAUAAUGUCGUAAUAUUACCAGGAAAAAUAAUGUCAUUUUAGUAGCAUAAAGUUGAACUAUUAAAAAAAGAUUUUUUUUUAGUCGUAAUAUGAAAAACAAACAAAACAACAAAUAAAGCUGUACUUUUGGAAUAUUAUGUUAUAUUAUGUCUUUUUGGUAACACGCGGGACACUGGAACUCAUGAAAUUCCGUUUUCAUUAUUUCCAAUGAUAAAAAUUGCUUCUAAAUCUGAAAAAAUUGGACAUUGACCAGCAUCCCAUUCAACCCUAGAGGUUCCACUGUACCCUUCUGAUAAACUUGUUUCUUCAUUAAGAGUGCUUUGGCUUUUGUCUUUUUGUUUUUUUUCUGACUUCUUUUGUCUGCGUGUUUUCCUUUGAUCCUCGGUUUACGACAUAAAGAUGUGACAAGAGUUGUAAAGUGGAGUUAUCCCUGCAAAUCUUCCUAUGGGGUCUGAGCCAAACGAUCAAAAAUCCAAACAAAUAAAACGAAUGAUGAUUAUAACGGUGAUGUGCAACAGGUUGGUGCCCGAAUUGACGUUUUUAAACAUGUUUCGCACUGCUUUGCUGUGACUGAACAACGAAACCUGAGCUGAUUGAGCUUACUAUAGUAACUACAGUACACUAUUCAACAAAAGUGAGUACACCCAUUCCUCAUAUUCCAGCAUGCAUUUGAUGAUAUCUUCUCAAGGGGCAAUACUAUAGAAAUGAAACGGUAGAGCGUGUACAGCAGUAUAGAUUUAAAAUUCACUGAAAUUGAGUCGACACACAUCCAUUACUGUCGGAACAGCUGUCGACACACGUGAGUGCACCUCACAGAGAACGUGUCCAAAUUGUGUUCAAAGUGUCAAACGUUAUCUAGCACUGCCUGAAUCAUCAUCAUAGGCGACCGUGCUCCGCUUCACAAUGUCACAGGACAGGUUGGCGUUCGUGUUUCUCCUCCGUGAACCGCAUCUCACCCGGCGCCGGCGGCACUCAUGCAGCCUGAGACCAUGACGCUACCACCACCAUGUACACCAUCCACUACUCAUUUGUACUGCCAGCUAUUGAGAGAAUAAUGACUGUGUGUUGUGUCAUUUUCAGUGGAUAGUAAAUCUAUACAAUUGCCGAAUUUCGAAGUUUGCUGCUUCACUCAUUUUUUCAUAAUACAUGUAUAUGAAUCAUUGCUGUAUUGUGGUUGACUACGACAUAUUAUUCGUCCCAAAAAUAUGCAUAUACAAGCAAAUUGUACAUAUUUUGGGCCUAAAUUAAGCAUUUACAAGCAUAAAAGUGGUGAAAUGAACUAAAACACAAAUAUAAGGCAUUCAGAAGGUGCAUUGAAAGACACGUUGUGCUAUGCAGUAUACUACACUGGUCACUAGGUGUCAGUAAUGUUACAUGAUGUUACAAUGAUGAGACAAUAGCCGCUGCAGGAAGUACUAGUGUCGAGAAACCGGAACAGCAACAAGGAACUCUCUGAAUGCUAACAUGUGAGUUUAUAUUAUGUCUGAUUUUUUCUUAUGUCUACGACCGUAAAUCCCAGACUAUAAGCCGCUACUUUUUUCACACGCUUUGAACCCUGCCGCUUAAACACAGAUGCGGAUAAUUUAUGGCUAAAAGAAUUCCAGUUCCCAUGAUGCUUAGAGUGUAGAUUCAGGAAGUAAUGAAGUGGAUGCUGAUAUCACGUUUUGAAGUCUUAUUCAGCGAUCGUGUUUUAAUCUGACAAAUCUGAAGUAAGUUUGAUCAAGUGUAGAAUUACUACAGCCUAUGCUUGGACGGCGGUAGCUGUUAAACUCAGAUCAAAACAAGCAUCUCACGUAACAUCACCGGCGCUAACGAGGUACGAUUGCAAGGUUUAUAGUGUCUCUUUGUGUGUAAAUAUCCCAUGUUACAACAUGGACACACACCUACACCUUAUAGACUACUGCUGCGUAUAUAUGUCCAAUUUUUUUUUCUCUUUAAAUUGGUGGGUGCGGUUUAUAUUCAGGUGCGCUCAAUAGUCCAGAAUUUACGGUAUAUUGGGUAAUACAAGCGUAAAGUUGACUGUAGGGGUGUUAUUUCGUGUCUAGAGGGCUAUAAUAAUAUUUAAAAACAUAUUUAGAAGGUCCGAAACGGGUUAUUUAUGCUCUAACUGUGAAAAUAUUCGAUUUAUACAUGAAGAAUCCUAUUUUGCAGAAAUUCACAGCAAUAAACAAGAGAUUACGGUACUGCUAUACUACUCCAAAGUAUAUUCAAGUUCACUUUCUACAGUACUGUUGCUUGGGAAGAAAUACUGUCAUCAAAAUGCUUGCUGAAAUGUGGUGUGUGUACUUUUGUGAGAUACCGUACGUAUAGAGGUUAGCAGGUUUGUUCAUUCGUUCCCAAAAACACUUUUUUUUUGUCUCACAGAACAAAACAUGUCUCCAACCAAAGAUGUGAUGAUGGGAGUCAUUUAACCAAAUUCCCAUUCAGGUUCUGCUUUUAGACAGCGAGACUACGUAACUAUGGGGUUUUUAACAAUGACUGACACGAGUGUUCUGUACAGGCUCUUUUAUUAUUAUGAUUAUUAUUUUUAAAAAGGUACCAGCCAGUCCAAGUAUGCCUGAUCAACUUCUUGAUUGCCAUUUGUCCCAUUUAAUCACCACUUUUUAAAAAGUUGCUUUUCUGUUUACACCUAAACCAAAACUCUUAUUAGUAAUGUAACUCAGGCCUUUUAAUUCACAGGCAACCUGACCACUGGGUGUUACCUUCGCUACUCUGUAAACUGUUAAAUUCCAUGUGCUUAUGCUGAUAAUAAUGAAAACUCACCUCGUGCUGAAAAGGUAUCUUAGCAUACACUACAUGACGUGUAAAACUGAGUUUGUGCAUGAUUUUGUUCAAACCACAUCAUCCCAGCAUUAGCUCUCGUAGCCUGGCAGCCAUUGUGUUCGUUUGACUAAUGUUUCAUGAAGUAAAGGGCUUUUUAAACAAUCACAACACGACAUACUUGUCACCAUACGUUCUGUAACAACUUCCUGUUCGCGAUCGUCCAUUGCCACGAGUCAGCUGACGUUUGGGGUGUAAAUGUUGAACCACAGGAAGGAAUCAUGUGACCUCAAGGGCUGACUUCAUUUGAUUUUGAAUUGAUCAGGUAUUCCAAAAAUUCAACAUGAAGCAUUUGUAUUCCAACUCACGAGAGAUGUCCGAUCCGAUAACUGAUGUCAACCAUUUUAUGAUGCAACGUAUACGUUACAGGAUAUCUGCUAUAUUUUGGCAACCACUAGAUGGUGGUGUUGGUCGUCUUUUGCUUUGGCCCUGCUGCUUAUUCAUGGAUACAAAAAAUGUGUUUGUGUUCUGUGCAAGACAGAGAUCAACCAACAGUCUGCAUGAUUCACUAUAAACCCAACAAAUAAACUCUUAUUUUGGCUAGAUAGCACACGGAGCGACGUGGAUCAACAGAAAUGCACUGAUUAUUUAUCCUGAUCACGGUGAUAACACAUUUAUGAAGUCCAGUUUUUGAGGCCAAACGAUUUGUUCCCCUUAGCCAAAAAUGAAAAAAAAAAAAGAAAAAAGAAAUUUGCUCUUUACAUGGUAACUUGUCACACAAACCAGAGAAAGAACAGGGACACAGACAUAAUCAGACAAACACACACCAAGGAAAUGACACAGUUAUAUGUAUUAUGGCACAUAUUUUUUUUUUUUCGUACACAUCUUAAUUUUGCAAAUGUAUCUGCUCCUCUGCAUUAAAUACAAAAUAUGUAUUGUCACAUGGAAAGAGUGUAUGUCCACGUUUUCACAUUUUUUUGCUCAACCUUCCUUUGUUUAGUUUCCUAUCACAAUCCUUUUUCCCCAGGUAAAUAUUCAUAUAUAAAAAUUAAAAAUAUAUAACAACAAUAAUAAUGUUUAUUUUUAUAUUCAUAAUAAAAAUAGUUAUAAUUAUUUUUCUGUUAUUAUUAGUAGUAUUAUUAUUUCUGUGUGGUCUUUCAGGUACAAACAAAGUUUUCUAUAUAAUAAUAUAUUUUGUUUUGUUUUGUUUUUUUAAACUUUUAUUUAAAAAAUGUAUUACUUUGUGUUUUUUUUCCUCCCAAAUUUGAACAUACAUGCUUUUCAGAGGCUACAUUGAAAGAGGGAGCAUUUCUUUCCCUUACAGCGCCAUCAGCUGGAUGUGGCGGGCCGUAGGGCGACCCCACCACCAAACCAGAUUGCAAAAGCAACCCUAAAGUGAGGCGAGGUGUUUUGUCUUUGUAAAGCAUGGAGAGCAACAGGAAGUAAACAGGGUUCGUCAGGGUCAUGGAACCUUUGGCUUUCAGCUCAUCAACAUCAACAAACCUCGCCAGAAGCACAUGUGUUCAAAUGUUUGUCGCUGCUUGCUGCACAAAAGGGCAUUUUGUGAGCAACGGUUUCUUCUAAGCAACAACGGAAUACCACAUUUUAAUGUAAAAAUCCCCAAUCUGGUUAUGCAGGCAUGCACGCAACACUGCUGUGGUUUGUUCCUAUCUGUGUUUCAUCAUGUUGAGGAGAAGUGAGCUCAGACUAUUAUGGUCUGUAGCAGUUGUAGCAGUUCUACGCUAUCACACGCCAACAUACAAACACAUGUUUUGCGUGUUCCCCCAGAACCAAAUGGCAUACAUUCUCUCCUGUGGAUCUAUGCAGAAGCCCAUUCACUUUUUGCUUGAUUUUGGUUGUAAAUAUGUUCCCCGGCGUGCACCUUGUGACUUGAUGUCAUGUUCUUUUACAGUUCCUCCUCCUUUAUUUUGUAUCAUUUUGAGCACCGAUACGUUUACGGAGACUGUGUCGCGAGUUUAUUUGUCCUCAGUUUUUGUCGAGAGAGCGAGAGAAAGAAAGAAAGAGGUUGUGGUUGGAGUGUGAAUGCAGAAAGAUUUUAACGACUCUAGAAAUGGAAAAAGGCGUAUAGAAGUAUCAUUGCUGAUUAUUGAUUAUUAUGGUUACUAUUACACUACCAGUAUAUUGUAAUAUUAUAGAUGCUUUAGUUGGACUAACUUCUUUCAUUUUUCUACAGACGACUUUGAUGAAAUGAUUUCUAAAAACAAGUCUCAAGUCAUGAUCUUUUUCGAAGACGUAUGAAAACUACUGCUACCAUGAUUAAA